AUGGCGGCCCCGAAGAUGACCAAGAACCAGAUGCGGAGGGCGAAGAAGAAGGAGCAGAAGAAGGCACAGACAGAGGUAGGCUCCUCCAAGGGCGAUGUGCGCGCGACCCAUACUGACAUGAAGAACAACCAGACCGCGUCGAAAACCCCGGAGCCUCAAGACGAGAAGAAGCCAGAGGAGACCGAGACCCAAGACAAGACCGGCGACGAGCUCGAAGUUAAGAAGGACGCCGACGCCAGCGUUAAGAUCGAAGCUGAUGGCCCCGCCAACGACGAGUUCAACCUCGACGAUGAGAGGUUUGCCGCUUUCAAGGACAUUUUCUCAAAAUUUGGUGUCUCAAUAGACGAGGACGAAGUUGCAAAAGAAGCCAACGCCGGAAACCAGGGCGAGGUGUUGUGGGACGAUGACGACAUCCCCAGCGAGGACGAGGAGGUUACGGGACAGACCAAGCUCUCCAAGAAGAAGCGGAAGCAGCUUAACAAGCUCUCUAUUGCGGAGCUCAAGGCACUGGUCAAGAUCCCCGACGUGGUGGAGUGGCAGGACACAUCGUCUUCCGAUCCGCGACUUCUCGUGCAGAUCAAGGCGCAAAGAAACGUGGUCCCGGUUCCCGGUCACUGGCAGCUCAAGAGAGAAUACCUGUCCUCGAAGCGGGGUAUCGAGAAGCCGCCCUUCCGGUUACCAAAGUUCAUCGCCGAGACGGGUAUUACAGAAAUGCGUGACGCUGUUUUGGAGAAGCAGGAGCAGCAGUCACUAAAGCAAAAACAGCGCGAGCGCGUUGCCCCCAAGAUGGGCAAGCUGGAUAUCGACUACCAGAAGCUCUACGACGCCUUCUUCCGUUUCCAGACCAAGCCCGAGCUGACGCGGUUCGGCGAGGUCUACUACGAGGGCAAGGAAAGCGAGGUUGACUUCCAGCACUUCAGGCCAGGCGAACUAACCGAAGCCACAAAAGAGGCCCUGGGCAUGCCCCCUGGCGCCCCUCCGCCGUGGCUCAUCAAUCAGCAGCGCUUCGGUCCUCCUCCAUCAUACCCCACUCUUAAGAUUCCUGGACUCAACGCGCCGCCGCCACCAGGCGGCUCUUGGGGUUUCCACCCCGGUGGCUGGGGAAAGCCUCCCGUGGACGAGUUCAACCGUCCUCUUUACGGCGGUGACGUCUUCGGUCUCACAAACCAGGCCGGCGCGCAGGUGGCGCCGCCGGUUGCCCAGCCCCUGGGUACCGGCGAGCCCGUCGAGAAGACGCUCUGGGGCGAGCUUCAGCCCCGCGACGAGGAGUCCGAAGAGGAAGAAUCAGAAGAAGAAGAGGAAGACGAGGAGGAGGAAGACGAGGACGCCGCCGCCGGCCUCGCAUCGCCGAGCGGCAUCGAGACCUCGGGCGGCAUGGUCUCCUCCGUGCCGACAGACUACCCGGGCCACGGCGUCGAGACCUCCGUGGCGGGCGAGAUGGAUCUGCGGAAGCAGAGGCGCGGGUUCGACACGGAGGAGAGCUCGCACCCUCGCUCCGCGUACCAGGUCAUCCCCGAGCGGCAGCAGCGCACCGAGGGCUUCUUCGGCAGCGACAGGGUGUACGACCUCAACCAGCAAAAGGCCGCCGGCAACGUGCCGGUGCUCGGCCAGGAGGACGACAGCCGCAAGCGCAAGAAGCCCGGCGACGUCGACGUCGCGCUCGACCCGGACGCGCUGCAGAGCCACGACGGCAUCAGCAAGGACGAGCUGCGGCGCCGGUUCGAGGAGGGCAAGCGCGAGGAGGGCAUCGGCGCCAAGUGGGCGUACGAGGAGGACCUGUCCGAGAUGAUUGCGCAGGAGUCGCGGAAGAGGCAGAAGGUUGACGAGAAGCGCAACGAGGAGAAGAAGAAGCAGAGCAAGUACAGGUUCUAA